AAAAAUGGUCCGAACAUGUCAGACUUCAGUGACAAGGAAACAUCUUUGUCUUCAGUGGCAAAGACGCGCUCAUGUCGCCGCAAUGUGGAGAUCAUGUUGGUUGUCCACUCUCGUUGGAAGAGGUGAGAGCUUUGCCAAAAGUGGAGCUGCAUGCACAUCUUAGUGGUUCAAUCACUCAGGAGAAAUUGCUUCCUGGAUGCAUGUUUCAAGGGGAGCCCACAUGUUGGGCGGUUUUGAAACGAGAAAGCUUGGAGGCUUGGAGCUGUUCAUUGGCUUGGAUAGUUGCGGCCAGCUAGCUCCAUUUCCAUGUGCUAGCUCGACUCCAUGCUAGCUCGACUUCAAAAGGCCGGAAGAGUGGACCUCCUCGUUAUGACUUGGACAAGUGCAGAGAGGAUCGAGCUUUUGGAGAGAAGAGGCCAAGGUGGUAGUUUUCAGCCCUUCAACUUCCACGGAGACCUGUCAAACGCCUUGCAGAAAUGCUUUGGCUACUUUGCGAAGGUGGCCAGUGUGGUGGUGGAUUUGGAAACCCUGAAGGAGUGCACCUUGCAUGUCUUGGACUCUUUCGCAGCAGAGAAUUGCAUCUACCUCGAACUCCGAACGUCUCCCAAGCAGUUCAAGGUGGUGAAUGGAGAAGAGCACCUCACCACGAAGCUCCAGUACUUGGAGACAGUACGUGCUGCCAUCGAUGAAUUUCAUGCCCAGGCAAUGCAGCGGUAUGGCUUUGUCAUGGAGGUGAAGGUGCUUCUUAGUGUGGACCGUGGAAAGGUGACGUCCAAGGACUCAGCCUUGGCACAGAUCGAUGACGUGUUGAAGCUACAAAAGGAGCAUGCAGACUUGGUCGUGGGCGUCGAUGUGUGUGGAGACCCACACCAGCCCACAGUCGUGCCUCACUUGCUGCCAGCCUUGCAGGAGCGCAAAAACGAGUUCCAGAAGCUUCCCAUCACAUUCCACACCUCCGAGAUUGUGGAUGAUGAAGAGAGCAAGCUGAUCAUUGACAGCAUGCGAGACCUGAACAUCAGGCGAUUGGGUCAUGUGACCCACCUACCAUCCUUUUUGCGCCAAAGAGUGCUCGAUGGAAUCUACGAAGACGGUGGUGUUGGUGUGGAAGUGUGUCCCACAUCGAACAUGGUCACCAAAGAAAUAUCAAGCUUGAAGGAACACCACUUCCUGGAUUGGUGGAAGAAAUCUGACAAGGUCCUUCUCAGCAUCAACACCGACGACACUGGCCUUUUUUCCUGUGAUUUGUCCUCGGAAGUCUACGAUUUGGCCCAGGCCUUUGGACUCUCACGAGCAGACGUCAUUGACAUCCAGCGUCAGGCGAUCUCAUCGGCAUUCCAUCCUGAGAAAGAACGCCUGAUGACUGCAUUUGAGAAAAUGUUGGCCUGCGCGAAGGAAUACGAUUCCAAGAAACGGAAAUUAAAUGGAUUAUAAUCUGAAUAUAAAA